UUAUGACUAAAAAUAGUAACAAAUCUUGUCUAGGGAUUUCUAGUUUCAACAUUCGUUUCAUUUUAUACAAGGAAACAUUAUGAUAUAGAAAAUAUUGCGCAUAAAACAUGGAUAAAGGUUUACAAUAUUGACGAAAAAGCAAAAUAAUGGACAAUAUUCAACGUCUUCCCCAAGUACAUAGAGAAACGUUACCGAAUAAAAACAGGAUUCCUUUCUUUGACAAUGGAUUAUUAUCUGAUAGUAGUGAUGACGAUUAUAACGAAGGAAAACAUCUAACAUUUGUAAACAACAUCAACGAAAACCGGCCACGUUCACGCAGGAGUCAGAAGACACCCAUUCAGUAUAAAAAUCAAACGCCAUUCUUCAAAAACAAAUUGAAGACUACAGAUGGAAUCAAUAACACCGAUGAUGUCGGCGACUCAAAGAAUGAUCUCACAGUUGUUUAUAAUGUCCGACCUGUUUCAUCCGGGAACUUCAAAAGAUCAUCUGGUUUCUUUCCGAACGGCGAUGGAAAUGUUGACAGUUGUAGCGAUGAAGAUGAGCCUCCAAUUAACCAUCUGACACAUUUAAACCGUAUACAACAACAUUCUUUAAGUACAAAUAAAGUUAACAAAUUACUCAAUAACGAAAGUAAUCACGAAGAGCAAAACAAUUUUGAAAAUGAAUCUUCUCAUUGUUGGGACAAUUUGCAGACACUCAAUGACUCUUCUGCGCGUCCUCUAUAUGGAAAACGGCAAACUGAAGUUAAAAGUAAAAGCCGAUUAAAUAGCACAGACAGUACUUCUUCGACUUUAUCGUCAAACUCGUUCUUUGAAAAUGGAUCCAUUGACGAAAUGGACCACGAAAGAUUUGUGUCUCUCACUUUUAAGAAUGAAUUGAAAAGUAAUAAUCCCACUGACAACCAGAAUCAUCAAACGCAUCAUUCUUUCAUGGCAGACGAAACAAAACCAGCAACAGCCAGAAUGUAUUUUAACAACUGUUCUGAUGAUGAUGAAGAGGACCCAACUGACUAUGGUGAUUUUUUAACUUGUAAUAAUAAGUUCACACCGUCAGGUCAGAAUCAUCUACCGAUUAAUAAAUUUCAAAACGUACGCCCAAAUGAAGACAACAAUGAUACCGAAAGAAACAAUCCACCAACAGAAACUGCCAUACAAGCCAGGGAUAUAUAUGACCGUCGUCCCAUGGAUCAGUGUGACAACUCAAAGAGAGGAACAUUAAAACAGUUUAUUGAAACUACAAAUGAUAAUGAAACUGUAAAAACAUCUGAAAACCAAAGAUCUGUUCUGCAACAGAGGCAUACAACUACCACUAAUCACAGCCCAAAGACAGAAACACCAACAGUUACACCUUCUGUACGAACAGCAGAUACAUAUGGUCACGUGACCAAGGAUCAGAGGUUUAACAAUUCAAAAACAGCUGAUAUUAUAACAGUUAGCUUUGAACUCAAACUCAAUACCAGUAAAACACAGGCUACAACAGAAGAGGGUCGUAAGGGUGACGCAACAUCAUUAGUAGAACAUGAGAAAACCAUGGCAUCCAGAGCAAAAGUCUGUCAAGCCGAUUUUUCUGAAAUUAACGAUGACAAAAUUCAAAGAAAAAACAAAUUAAAUAGCCACCCUAAUGAAGAAGUGGAAAAAAGCACAACAAAAUAUGUGCCUAUAAUGUCCGAUUUUUUCUGUAAAUCAGAUGUACAAAAAUCGUCAAACAAUCACACUUUAGAACAAGAGAAUGUUCAAAGGCGAGAAAUACAACCAAACAAUCACCCUUUAGAACAAAGGAGUCUUCAAAGUCAAGAAAUAAAACCAAGCAAUCAUAUUUUAGAAAAAGAGAGUCUUCAACGUCAAGAAGUAAAACCAAACAAUCACACUUUAGAACAAGAGAAUGUUCAAAGUCGAGAAAUAAAAACAAACAAUCACCCUUUAGAACAAAGGAGUCUUCAAAGUCAAGAAAUAAAACCAAGCAAUCAUAUUUUAGAACAAGAGAGUCUUCAACGCCAAGAAAGUAAACGAAACAAUCAAAGUUUAGAAAAAGGGAGUCUUCAAAGUCAAGAAAUAAGACCAAACAAUGAAAGUUUCGGACAGGGCAGUCUUCAAAGUCAAGAAAUACAACCAAACAAUCACAGUUUAGAACAACGGAGUCUUCAAAGUCAACAAACAAAACCACUGAUGCCACAAUAUAAUCCUUUUCGGACAACGUUCAACUCCGUGGGUCUUCGGUCAGAAGGUCAAACAAUAUUCGAAAUGAGACUGAAGGACACCAAAUUAAACAAUACGGGAAUAGAUGAUGAUGACGACGAAUUGGAAAUCGACGGUGAGAAAUCUCAUUCAAGUACUGGUAAGAUCUGGCAUAAACCUUGCCAUGAAUCAAACGACAUUUCUGUACAAAGCUGUCAAAAGCAACGUAAAUGUGAACCUACAAAGCACCAAAAGGACAGUAUCAACUCUUCAGUAGUUACUAAACCAAAGGAGAAAAGGUCACGAUUUAGAAGACAGUCCUCACAAGGAGAAUAUAAACACACAUGUACAGGGUGUGGUCGUAAAGAUUGCGAUGGAAACUUCAUGAAGUUGUUAAGAGCAAUGAUUAAAACAGGUCGUCAGAAAGGUUUUGAGAUCAGGAAUGUUGUACCCGACGGAAACUGUAUGUUUGCUGCUGUCAUUGACCAACUUGAACUUCUAGAUGAUUGUAAUACCAGUCCCUUUGCUCUCCGACAAGCAUGUACCAAGUUUCUAGAAUCUAACCCAAACAGUGAAGACGGUACACCUUUCUGUCUGUUCCUUGAUGCUGAGUCAUGGGAGGAGUAUCUAUCCAGGAUAAGUCAAGAAGGACAAUGGGGUGAUCAUCUCAUGUUACAUGCAGUAUCAAAUGUAACAAAUAGAAAUAUAACAAUCAUUAACGGAGAGGACGAAAAGAAAUGGACCACUUUACACCCCCUGUUAAAAGAUUCUGCAAAACAAGAUCCACUGUAUCUAGGUCACGUGGGAGAACUACAUUAUGUCAGCAUGAGACCAAUCCCUCCAAAAGAAUCUGAAUUUCGGUACGAUGAAUAUUCAUCUAUUGACCUUUAUAGUAUAAUGCCAAGUCUGCCAAAUUUAGAAGAAACUACGCAUGAAGAUAUGUUUCUGGAGGACUACAUUGAUCCUUGGAGUGAAAUACCGGCAGUUCAUUUUACAUUUCUUAUAAAACAGUUUAUUCCCAUAAAAGCUACACUCAAGUAUGCAGAUAGUAUGUGUCACCAGGCUUUUGCGCUUGAAUCGUCAAGUGACGACUUUGAAGGGGGUUCCAAAAGUUUUCAAUUGAAAGCAAUCGGAGAUGUAGUCGAAGGAUUUUUUGUUACACUUGACGGAAAACCUGAAGAUGAAUGUUUUGGAUUCUGGGUGGACGUUGGAAUUAUAUGCUCACUGACCAUUUGUAUAGCCUAUCCUCAGAACUUUAAGAACACCGGAACUAUUGACCAAUCUGACGUCACUGUCUGUACUAAAAGUACUCAUCAAGGAUAUGCAAGACUUUUAGCUCGAUUUCCAGAUACGUGGGGGUUCAAAAGAAGAGCCAAAGGUGAAAGGACAUACUACAUUCCGAACAAACAUGACAAGUUCGAAGAUUCUAGUGUUACAAAACGAAUCAAAGACCAAUAUGCAAAUCAAAACCCGAUGAUUGUUCAUUUAUUUUCCAAGAAAUAUUCUGGUAUAUAUAGCCCAUUUUGGCCAGAAGAAGCCAAGGCCUGGCAGUCACGGUCUAGAGAUGCAAACUGGCCAUCACCAGACCUUAUAGAUUCCAUUGUUAGUGAAGGUGUAUAUUAUAUUGGUAAUCCACACACCAACAGCUUCGACCCUGAUAUAGAAUUUCAAAUCUGUUUCGGUGUUGCGGAACGACGACUUGCAAAUGAAGCAUUAUCCAAAGAACAGAGAUAUUGUUUUAUAGUUUUCAAAGCAUUGGUCAGCCAUACCUUGAUGGGAGACGAAUUAAUCGAAUCUGCUCAUUUAAAAAGCGUGUUCUUUUCAUGUUGCGAACAAGUUCCACAACAGUAUUGGUCAUCCAGAGUAAGCGGAUGUAUUUUGUAUUUAAUUGACACUUUAACUAGACAGAUAGACAAUGGUAAUAUACCAAAUUACUUCAUCUCAUCUAAUAAUAUGAUAGACCAUUUCUCACAGAAACAAUUACAAGGAGUCAUUGGAAAGCUACAGAAUCUCCGGACUAAUCCCCUGAUAGCCUUAUACAGCAUAGCCUACCAGAAUAUGGUUACAAACGCAGAUGAGAUCUAUCAAGAUAUACGUAUGGACAUCGACGACUUUCAUGAACAUAAAAGUGUCCGACAUUCGGUUAUCUUUGCAUUGGUACCAGCCAAAAUUAAGCAAGCCGCAAAAUAUAUAGAACGUAAUAGUUUCGAUGUAGCGAUAGAAAUUAUACAAGAGGCCCAUGAGGAUAGAUUGUUAGUAAGUACAUGUGAAGAUAACAUUCCGUUUGUAGCUUUCGUUACGGAAGUGACAAACAGCUUUGGAUUGACCAAACAAUGGUGGUUAUGUGUCCAUGCCGACGAAACUCUUGGAACAGCUCUAGCUACAGAACUAAGCUUGCUCCACAGUCCUAUGCCGCUUCACGAAAUCGUUGGGACUGACAUUGCUGAUCGAUAUGGAGACCUUUUGAUUCCGAGGCCUUUAGCUGAAAGUCUCUGUUCACUUUGCUAUGACUUCUACAUUUAUCUUUCACUAAAACACCGAAAAAAGAAGGCAGUAGCAUUCUUAGUAAAGGCGAGACAGGUUUUUAUCCAUAUCAACCAAUUUGGAACUAUUCCGCAAGACUUCCCGUGUACAAUAGAUCCAGAAGAUUUCAAUUUGCAUCAUAUUUUUAAAAUAUACAGAUCUUUUGUUCAAAGUUUUAUUAUGACUACAUCAUCUGAGUCUUUGUGUGCCCUGCGAUUAGACGAAAUUGCCAUGGAAACACAGACAAUAAGUGAAAAGGUUAAUACCGAAGAGGCGUACACUAUCUUGUUAUUGAUGUGGAAAUUCUUAGGAAAUACAGAGAAGUUUAAUGCAGUAUCUGCAAUACUUGACCGAUUUGCUGCACACACACCAACAGGAACUCAGCAGAUCUCUUCAUAGAGUUUGUUAACUUAUAUGUGAUUGAGGUGUAAAUAUGUUAUUAUCUUCACUAGAUGUUAAACGCUUUUAAACGUUUCAGUUUUAUUAAUGUAUUAUACAUAUAAGAUGAUGUGGUAUGUGUGCCAAUAAGACAACUCUCUAUCCAGGUCACAAUUUGAAAAAGUAAACCAUGAUAGGUCAAAGUACAGCUCGCACCGAACAGCAAGCUAUAAAGGGUCCCAAAAAUGACUAGUGUAAAACCAUACAUAUAGGAAACCCAACGGUCUAAUCUGUCUUUAAACGAGAAAGGAGAUACACAUAUGAACCACAUCAACAAACGACAACCACUGAACAUCAGAUUCCUGAAUUAGGAUAGUUGCAAACAAAUGCAGCUGAUGUAAACGUUUAAAUACUAGUAGGCUCCUAUCUUGACCCUAAACUGAGACAAUGGUGUAACAAUACGACAUAAAAGGACACACUGUUAAACAAUAAUUGAAAAAGGCUCAACUCAUCAAAGUAUGAAUACUUAGAGAUUUUAGACAAAAGUUAGACUAUGAAAAUCAAAUUACUAAGUAGUCAAAUUAUAAACCACAGAAAAAUAUAACAAAGCCAAAACCAGUAUAAAAUAAGUUUGCCAGUCUUAUUUACGUUUUCCUGAAUGAAAUUGGAGUGCAUAAGGGGAGAAACAUACGUCUAAUGGCGGAUGUUAAAUCUGUUCAUACUGCUCUCAUUUUGUUAACGUUUAUCAAAGAGUCUAUGUGCAAAUAAAUGUUACAUAAACAAAAUGUAAAUGCAUACUGAUUCUAAAAUAAAAUGUACAGUAAUUUUC